CCAACACCCAGAGUCUAAGGACAAUUGGUCUGGACCGCCCGCACGGAAGAGAGAGAGAUCGAGCGACCUGGCCGCGGCGUAACGAUGCCUGAAGAGUUUUCAAAGAUCGACAUCGAUGAGCCCGAGGACCUGGACCAUGUCGUGUCGUCCAUCGAGUCGCACGCCCGGAAGCUCGUCAAAGCCCAGCUCGAGCGAGAGGGACAGCAGGUCAAGGCCGACGAAGAGACGAGGCUAGUUUGCGAAAAGGUCAUUGAGCAGUGGGUCAAGAAUAUGCGGCAGAGAUUGGAAUCGAACCUCCUCGUCAAUGGCCUUUCGUUCAAGGAGAGCGUCGUAAGAGGAGCUGUCGAGCCGUUUGAUCAGGCGCUGGCGACGCGGGUCCAAAAGCUGUCGCAGGAUGUGGACAACAUGACCGAGGAGGCCAUUCACAUGCGCAAGGCAGUCCCAGCCCGCAGAGAGGCCCUGUUGGCUGCCAGAGCAGAGGCUCUCGAAGAGCUUAGAGGGUCAAUAGAGCGCAAGCGGCAGAAUGUCGUGGACGAAUUCGUCAAAGACCGGCAAGAGAGGGCCGACGAAGAAUUUCCACAUGCCAUCGAGCGGACCGAACAACUGCAAGAGACGGUCAAGGCAGCUGUAUCCGAUGUCGAGAAGCUGGCCACGUCUGUCCUCGAGACCUCGUCGAUGACACAACAGCAAGCCUCGUUGAUCAAGCGCCUACGAACCAUGUCUGACUAG